ACUGCGUCACGUCAGUUGCCCUGGCGACGGCUUCCCAGCUCCUCGCCGCAACCCUCCAGUCCCUCGCGAGAUACACGGGACAAGGAAGCCCUGGCCAUGACUUCGUUUGGCACUGCGUCGUUCUCUAUGGGCGCGUCCUUCUCUGUGGCAGACGGGUUGCCUGAGGCUGAGAAGAACUCUGGAGAGCCCGAGAACACCUAUAUUUUGCGGCCCAUUUUCCAGCAAAGGUUCAGGCCCUCUGUGGUUAAAGACUGUAUCCAUGCUGUGCUCAAGAAGGAACUGGCAAAUGCUGAAUACUCUCCAGAAGAAAUGCCUCAGCUCACAAAACGUUUAUCAGAACAUAUUAAAGAUAAAUUAAAAGAAAUGGGAUUUGACCGAUAUAAAAUGGUGGUACAAGUAGUUAUUGGAGAACAAAGAGGUGAAGGAGUAUUCAUGGCUGCUCGCUGUUUCUGGGAUGCCGACACUGACAACUGCACUCAUGAUGUUUUCAUGAAUGACAGUUUAUUCUGCGUUGUAGCAGCAUUUGGAUGUUUCUACUAUUGAAUCUUUGAACGCUGGGAAAAGAUAUGACCAUGAAGAAAUAUGAACUUUUUAUAUUGUUAAAUAUCUUGACAAAAUAAAGAUAACCUGGCAUUUUGGCAACUGAAUAUGUUGAGUUCUAGGAUUUAUAGUUAAUGUUUUGAGUUUGUUAUGUGUUCUAACUACCUUUGGAAAGUAGAGAAAAAAGUAGGGGAAGCUCCAUAAUUCAAUUGUUCUAACAUAACAGACUAUAAAUAUUUUGGUAUAUUU